ACAAUACACUUUUGUGGUGGAAUCCUUCCCGGACCUCUAAUGAUAUCAACAUAUUAUCGCAUUCCUUAUCUGUUAAAAAAGUAUUUGUUGGACCAACCCUUUGUUUGCAAAUUUUGGGAGGAUGAAUGAAAAUGUGGAAAAGCUCUAAACUUUGGAGAAAGUUUUGGGUACCACCUUUAACAAAAAAAAAGUUUUGGUUUCAUGAUUAAAGUUUCUUUAUGCCAUUUUAGGAAGAGUGAAUUUUUUGUUUUUGUUUUGGUGAUAAGAUGCUUAUUAUUGCAGCACGUUUACUUUUCAAGUGAACAAAAGUUGACUAGUGGAGUGGGGAUAGAUGAGCUGUUCUCUUUGAUCGUGUCUGUCUUGCUCAUUUUUAUUACAGGAUAGUGAAGUGUUGGUCUCAAUUAUUGGUGCUAAUGUCUCAAUCUUUUACCAUUUUCCUGUUCAUUUCCCUUUUAUUCGAAAUUAGACUGAUAAAUAUAUGAAAGAGGGGCGUUGCAAUACCUCCAUCAUUCCAAAAGGGUAAUUCCUUUUUUUUUUUUGCUUAAUAAGUAGUUUUCUUCUAGCACAUAGAAAUGAGACGCGAAUUUCUUGUUAUUUCCUUUCCUGAGUCUGCAUUUCAACGUUUAGGCAAUGUGACUGCUCGUAGGCUCUUUGGUAUUCUCACAUGGACUGUUUCCACAUUCGAGAGAGAGAGGAGGAGGAGGAGAGAGGGAGAGAGAGAGAGGAUGCCUGGUUGUUCAUGUCUUCUGCUUCUGUUCUUCACCAUUGUUGCUCAUGCAACACGGUCAACAAAAGCAUCAAUGGUGACGUAUGUUCCAGGAGCAGCAUACCACUUGUCUUCUCUGAGACAAGACAGGAAGAUCUCAAAGCCAGAGUUUCCUCUACCUCUCCAGACCCGUUACUUCCCUCAGAUUCUCGACCACUUCAGUUUCAGACCAGACAGUUACAGAACCUUCCACCAGAAGUACCUUAUCAACAGCCAUUUCUGGCACAUAGGUGGGCCCAUCUUCGUCUACACUGGCAACGAAGGAGACAUCGAAUGGUUUGCUUCUAACACCGGAUUCAUGUUCGACAUUGCUCCCAAGUUCCGAGCUCUUCUUGUCUUCAUCGAGCAUAGAUUCUAUGGAGAGUCAUUGCCAUUUGGGAAGAAGUCGUACAAAUCUGCCGAGACAUUAGGGUACCUGAAUUCACAGCAAGCGUUGGCUGAUUUCGCGGUUCUGAUCAGAAGCUUGAAGCAGAAUCUAUCAUCCGAAGCUUCGCCUGUUGUGGUCUUUGGUGGCUCUUAUGGAGGAAUGCUUGCAGCCUGGUUCAGACUCAAGUAUCCGCACAUAUCGCUCGGCGCAUUAGCAUCUUCCGCUCCAAUUCUGCAAUUCGAUAACAUCGUGCCUUCGACGAGCUUCUAUGACGCCGUUUCUCAGGAUUUCAAGGAUGCGAGUUCCGAUUGUUUCGAAGUCAUAAAGCGAAGCUGGGCGGAGAUGGAAGCAUUCUCCACCAUGAAUGCAGGCUUGACCAAACUCAGCAAGAUAUUCCGAACUUGCAAGGAUCUUCGGUCUGUAUCUUCAGCCAUCGGUUGGUUACAGACGGCAUUUGUUUAUACAGCGAUGGUUAAUUACCCAACAGAAGCUAACUUCAUGGCGCCAUUGCCCGCUUAUCCCGUGGACAAGAUGUGCAAAAUCAUCGACGGGUCAGCAGCACGGGGAGCGAGUGAUCUCGAGCGUGUGUUUGCUGCCGCAAGCUUGUACUAUAACUAUUCAGGUUCGGAGAAAUGCUUCGAUAUCGGACACGAGGAAGAUGCUCAUGGACUCAGCGGUUGGGGUUGGCAGGCGUGCACGGAGAUGGUGAUGCCGAUGAGCUGCUCGGACGAGUGCAUGUUUCAGCCAUUUGAGGAGGAUUACAAAGGCUUCGAAGAAAACUGCGUCUUCAGAUUCGGGGUCAAGCCUCGUCCCCACUGGAUCACCACUGAAUUCGGCGGUCAGAGAAUAGAGAAGGUGUUGAAGAGGUUCGGGAGUAACAUCAUCUUCUCCAACGGAAUGCAGGAUCCAUGGAGCAGAGGAGGAGUUCUGAAGAACAUAUCGAGCAGCAUCAUCGCGCUGGUGACCAAACAAGGAGCUCACCAUGCUGACCUGAGGAGGGAGACGGAGGAGGAUCCUGAUUGGCUGAAAGAGCAGAGGCGGCAAGAAGUUGCCAUCAUUCAGAAGUGGAUCGAUGAGUAUUACUCUGAUUCCAGACAUUGACUUUCAGUGUUGAGUGCUUCCAAAGCUUCUUUAUCUGCGGACACACACACAGACAUUGUCUGUUUCUUCUCUCUUUAUGUAAUAAAAUCCAAACUCCGUUCUAACCGAUUCGGUUAAUAACCGAAUCAUCAAAUCCAUCUUAACCCAAUAAUAUACAAUUGCAAUCGAA